AUGGCUAUCAAACCGAAGGCUCCUACAGCGAGGAAGAGCCCCAUCACUUCAACACCAACCACCAAAGCCCCCGCGAAGACUCAGCAGCAGCGCAAAACAUCCGUUUCCCAAGCCGUUCCAAAACUUCAGCAGCAGCGCAAAAACUCGAAUGCGCAAAGCUCGCCGAAGGUUGUUGUUCAGCAGCAGCGUAAAAUCUCUGCUGUGAAGCCGACGGUUAUGGUGGACAAUAAGAGGAAGAUCAAGGCCGAGGGAAUUUCACCGAAGAUGGCUGAUGUCCAGAUCAAGUCCUUAGGAGCGGACAAGCGUACUGCUCAGGCAGAGACCAGAGACGAGUCCCUGCCGAAGAAGCAGAAGAUCGAGGAGGUGAAGAACGAAGUACAUGACACGGAAUACCUAGGUGACUACAUGCUAACACUAUCCCAGAUCUCCCAUUACGCCGCAGUUACAUCGCCAGGAAAGUCCACUUCCACUACACUCUCCACGCAACAGCCAUCCGUGCCACUGUCUGCCACCGCCCAAUCAGCUCAGUCCUCUCAGCUCAUGAACAACCUCCUCCGCCACGUCCUCCAAACCCAGCCCACGCUGCUCCCCUUCCUCCCCGCCACGCCCAUAACAUCCACUCACAUCGACAACAUAGCGCACACAAUGUGGCAAAUCGCCUUCAAACACGUCGUCAUACUCCAACGGGCCUGCCAGUACGGCGCCAUGUUCUCGCCCCUCAAACUCGCAGCGCUAGCAAAGUUGAACUUUCUGCCCAGCUGGUGGUUCUUUAGGGACUUGGUCGUUGGAGGGUUGCCGGAAUUGAUCAAGGGUGUGGAUGGGAAGGGAGAAGAGAAGGGUUUGGGGGUGGUGAUUGAUGAUAGGGAGAUGCAGGGGGCUUGGCAUGAGGCUAUUAAGUGGUGUGGGAAUGUUAUUGCGCGGAGGGAGCGUGUUGCUACGCCGGUGGUUACGGAGGAGGAGAGGGUGGAAAUCGAAGCUAAGAUGACAGAGCAGGAGGAGGAGUUGGUGCGAGAGAGUAAAAUGGCGUACAGUGACGAGGAUGGGGAGUGA